AAAGUACUGUUGGUUUGCUUGGAUUGUCAAAUCAUUUGUCAAACGUUUGUUUAGCGUAUAUUUUCUAAAUAUUCUUGCAAAACAAAUCUCAAAAUAUCAUAAUUAAAAUAAGAUGAUAAUGAAAUUUAUAUAAAAGAUAAAGAAUUUGAGUGUGUGAAAGUGAACAGUGCCAAUCAUAUUUUGCAAGUAGGUCAUUUGCUUUGCAGAUUUUGGUUACCGGUUAACUAGUGUUUCCAUUUACAAAGUGCUGAAAUUGAUGAUCGCCCGUGUAAGUGGACAUGGCAGAAAAUGACGACUAUUUAGAUUCGCUUGAUAAUAAUCACAUAGACGGCACCAACGGUUCCCUUAACAUGACGGACAACAGCCUCGGAGGUGGUGAUGAGGCUGCAGGUGCUGAAGUACCGGACCUAGCAGCUAUCAAAGCUAGGGUACGAGAAAUGGAGGAAGAGGCGGAGAAACUCAAACAAAUGCAAACUGAAGUUGACAAGCAAAUGAGUAUGGGUAGCCCACCUGGAUUAACAAGUCCACUAAAUAUGUCAUUGGAGGAGAAGAUAGAAGCUGAUAACAGAUCAGUUUAUGUUGGGAAUGUUGAUUAUGGGGCAACUGCAGAGGAACUAGAGCAACAUUUCCAUGGUUGUGGUUCCAUCAACAGGGUUACAAUAUUAUGCAAUAAAUUUGAUGGCCAUCCAAAAGGAUUUGCAUACAUAGAAUUUGGUGACAAAGACAGUGUACAGACUGCAAUGGCAAUGGAUGAUUCAUUAUUCAGGGGACGCCAGAUAAAAGUAAUGCCAAAGCGUACAAACAAACCUGGGCUGUCGACGACAAACCGGCCGCCGCGAGCGAUGCGAGGCCGCGGUCGCUCCUUCCGUGGUGGCUUCUCACCAUACUAUUCGGGCUACCGGCCCGUACGUCGUGGCAGAGGUUACAGGCGCGGCAUGUACUACUCUCCAUACUGAGUGCGGUAGAGGGGCGCCCGUGCCCCGGCCGCGCGCUAAUCGCGUAGAGCGGUGCCUGCGGUCAGCGAGUCAGCUCCGGCCCACUCCGACUGCCACAAGAAUGUCUCGACGUCUCCGCGACUGGCGAGACACCCUUCGCUCUACUUUUAGACCUCUAUAAAUUAAUAUAGGUAUCCCCAACUUGUUUGUUACAGACUUCGUGCACUAGAGACAACCUAGAGUUUGAUUGAAUGAAUUUCAUAUUUUAAUUUUUUAUAAUAAUGAACUGUAUGUUCUAAAUAUGUGCGUUUUUUUGUAAAUGAAACGGUACAAUAGGAAAUUAUUCACUCGUUAUACUAAAUUUGCAUGGAAAUUGUAGGUUCUGUUAAUAUUAACUGAAUAUGAACAUUUGAGCAUGUUAAUACUUAAUAAGGUAUAUUAAAAAUUUAAAUACCCAACAAAAUAUAUUGAUUUUUAAUUCUGUAAUAUAGUAAUAACUUGAGUCGUAAAAAUUGUUGAAACAUUUGAGUCUACAAUACAAAGUUAUAAAAGCAAAUAAAAGAUAUUGUAAAAUAGUGUAACUAGUUUCUAAUGGAUAUGUUCUAUGAAGUGUAGACAAGAGUUGUAUUGGCGGAAAGGUAACAAUUUAGACAAUGAUUAUGACCAGGGUUACCAGAUGCUAUUUCUGAUUUUUACCAAAUUGUGGCAUUUUUUUCUCCUAAUCUAUAUGAUUUCGUUAACUUUUAACCAAUUAACAAUUUUUGUUGAUUUUCAUUACGUUUUGCCACGAAUUUACAAAGUGAGUGAUGAAUAAUAUCUGUCCCCCUUACUUCUUACCCUGUUUUUUUGCCUUACUGGUAGAUAUUUUGUUGUACUUAUUGUAUUUGUAUGGUUCACAAGUAUCAAAACUGUCAAAAAAAUUACCCAUUUUCCUCCAAGUAUAUUUCACUUUUCUUAAAAAUUUUUUAAAUUUCAUUUCUCUAAAAUUUUACAAACAAAAUCGUUAUUUACCGAAAAUAGCUAAAAAAAAGCCUAAUAUGACAACGCUGAUUAUGACGACGACGACGCUAACUUUCGUGCCUUUAAACAAGUAUAGGCGAGUUUUUACACAAUGCAGUGUAGAUUAAACUACCCAUACGACACUGCCUCUUCGUAAACAGACAUGACCUGCACAAGAAUAGCACUACACCUAGUGCAAAGCUACCUACCCCACCUACAUAAACGAUAUACAUUGGAGUAUUAAUGAUUAUUUUGUAAGUGGACUUGACUCCUUAAAAAGGUGCGUAUGUACUCACACGGUUCUUUGCAAGGCGUCUCUCGCAUCCUGGGAGGACACUGGACAAGACCUGUGACAAUAUAAUGCCUUGUGUGUCGGUUGAAACACUUCAUUUGAACAUAUUCAUAUAUAAUGUCAAAUAAUAAAAACAGCUGUACAGAUCUCUAAAGUAAUGAUAACUAGAUCAAGUAUAACAUUUACUCUUGUAAUAGUAGGUAAGUAAUAUUAACAGUUCUAUUUCAGUUUGGUUGGUUCACUAAAAACAAUCCAAUCAAAAUUUCCUUUGUAUGCUGUUGCCCAAUAUGUAAUGUAUUUUUAAUACUAGAUGGUGUUAUGGAGUAGUAAAUUGAGGAUAUUUUGAUAAUAUAGAGAGCAAAUAGCUUGUACUCAUGGCUUCACCCAUUGGGUGUGAAAAGUAUUAUAAAACUUUAAAUUAUGUACCCAUUCAUAUUCAUCUGAUCUAAUCGCAAUCAUAAAGUUUUCAUACCAAAGUCUGAUAACAUCUACGUUAACUGUCAAUAUUUAAAGCCAUUUUCAAUGUAUUUUAUUCUUAUUUAAAAGUGCUUUUAUGCUCGUAGUAAAGUAAAACAUCUAAUAAAAUUAUUUUUAAACUAUCAUCGACUUGAAAAUAUUAAAAUUUGUACAUUUUAAAAUGUGAAAUAGGUAGUUGUAAAAUUUUUAAUAAAAAAUUUAUGUGCUUUAUUUAUUAACUUUAUUUAUUACCUUGUUAUAUUGCAAAUAAAUAUAAGAUCAUUGAAAAUAGAUAGAUACCACAAACAUUGGUAGACUUUGGUUUGAAUCCAUAGUUUAACGUUGAAACAUACUUUUGGAAAUGAUAAGUGCUGUACAUAUACUUUAUAUGUAAAGAAAUAAAUGCAAAUAUUUUAUUAUAUAUCAUGGAUAUAUGUUAUGUCCCUGGUACAAAUUAUAUGCAUUCAUAUUAUGUUUAAUACACUAGACUAUAAGUAAGGGUGCACUAUAAUUCAUAUCUGGAACUACAUGUGUGACUCAUAUAUCAUCAUUUCAUUUAAAUUUAUUACAUACCUACCCUCAUAAAGUUGGGCGACGAUUUGUUUGAUUCAAUUUGUUUCAAAAUCAUAGUGAUAACUUAUCGUUGAUAACUCUUUCACAGAAUUUUAUAUUGCAAUCGAUAAUGUCUAGGAUGUACAAUAUAAUGGAUCUUGGCUGCAAAUAGCAAAUAUUGUAGGUUUUACCACUUACCUACUUAUAAGAGAGAAGGAAAACAUUUUGCUCACUGAAAUUAAUAAGUAUGAUGUUUCCGUCUAAAAUUUUGUAGCCCAGGUUUAAUUAAGUACAACAAUUGUGUCUUAUAUUUCCUGUUUAGUUUCUUUUACAAAAGAAAAUGAUUCAGUGUAUAUGUUAUUUAAAUGUCAAAAAAAAAAAGACUAUAAUAUCGAGAGGGAAAUAAUAAAAUGUGAAGGAUUAAGAUAAUGUAAGAAUAAUUUUAAGAACAA